CUCUCUCUCUCUCUCUCUCUCUCUCUCUCUCUCUCUGUAUCUAUCUGUCUCGCCAAUUGACGCCGAUUCUGUUCUCCGUCGAUUUAUGUGUUUGAGUGCCAAAGAUGUUUGACUGUGGCUACACGUCACAGUACGGUGGAGGGCAGAGAGACAAGUUUGUGAGGCUGGAUGACUUGGACUCUCGAUUAUCGUCAUCUUCUGAUACAGGAGUGAGAAGGUGUGGACUUAAUAUUGAAGGACUGACCCGGAGUGCUCCGACAAGGGAUACGUCCUUUAAAAAAGGAAUGAGAAAGGGGUCUGAAGGACUCAAGUCCAUUGGUCGAUCACUUGGAUUUGGUGUUUCUCGUGCAGUGUUCCCUGAAGAUCUUAAUGCUUCUGACAAGAAGAUAUUUGACCCUCAGGACAAAUUCCUCCUUUUUUGGAACAAACUUUUCGUCAUAUCAUGUAUUCUGGCGGUUUCUGUGGAUCCUCUUUUUUUCUACCUUCCAGUUAUCAAUAAUGCAUCAAACUGUCUUGGUAUAGACCGAAAGUUGGCUGUCAUAGCAACCACAUUACGAAUGAUUGUUGAUGCUUUCUUCCUUCUUCACAUGGCUCUCCAGUUUCGGACAGCCUACAUUGCUCCAUCAUCUCGGGUUUUUGGACGAGGUGAACUGGUGAUUGACCCAGCAAGAAUAGCCAAGCGAUACUUACGGGGUUAUUUCAUCAUUGAUUUUCUUUCUGUACUACCUCUACCACAGAUUGUAGUUUGGAGGUUUCUGCAGCGUUCUGGAGGUUCAGAUGUGCUUGCUACAAAACAGGCUUUGCUUUUCAUUGUCUUACUUCAGUACAUUCCAAGACUUCUUCGAGUCUUGCCUUUAACCUCCGAGCUGAAAAGAACAGCUGGUACUUUUGCUGAAACUGCUUGGGCCGGUGCUGCGUACUAUUUGCUAUUGUACUUGCUUGCUAGUCAUAUUGUUGGGGCAUUUUGGUAUUUAUUGGCUGUAGAACGCAAUGAUACAUGCUGGCAGAAGGCUUGUACUGACAUUGGCAGUGCAUGCGAUAAAAGAUUAUUAUACUGUGCGGAUGAGAAUCUGCCAACAGCUGAGAACUGGUCCAACAUCAGUGGUAUAAUCCAGUCAAAUUGCUCAUCGGCUGAUGAUAAUAAGUAUUUUGAUUUCGGAAUCUACCAACAGGCUUUAUCAUCUAGAAUUGUUUCAUCUAAGAAGUUCAUCUCUAAGUACUGUUACUGUUUAUGGUGGGGGUUACAAAAUUUAAGUACACUUGGCCAGGGGCUCUCAACUAGCACCUAUCCCGGAGAGGUUAUAUUUUCCAUAGCGCUAGCUAUAUUUGGAUUGAUCCUCUUUGCACUUCUGAUAGGAAAUAUGCAGACCUACCUCCAGUCUCUUACCAUUCGACUUGAGGAGAUGAGAGUUAAAAGGCGUGAUUCAGAGCAGUGGAUGCACCAUCGCUUACUUCCACAAGACCUCCGGGAGCGAGUUAGGAGAUAUGAUCAAUAUAAAUGGUUGGAAACACGUGGAGUGGAUGAGGAGAAUUUGGUUCAGAGUCUACCAAAGGAUCUCAGGAGAGAUAUCAAGCGGCACCUCUGUUUGGCGUUAGUGAGGAGGGUUCCUCUGUUUGAGAAUAUGGAUGAGAGGUUGCUUGAUGCCAUCUGCGAGCGACUGAAACCAAGUUUGUUCACACAGAGUACCUACAUAGUUCGAGAAGGAGAUCCAGUUGACGAAAUGCUUUUCAUCAUACGUGGACGCCUUGAGAGUGUGACCACAGAUGGUGGCAGGAGUGGUUUUUUCAACCGCAGUCUGCUAAAAGAAGGGGAUUUCUGUGGGGAGGAGCUUCUAACCUGGGCACUGGAUCCCAAAUCUGGUUCAAACCUUCCUUCAUCUACAAGGACUGUGAAGGCAUUAGGAGAGGUCGAGGCUUUUGCCCUUAUAGCUGAAGAGCUGAAAUUUGUUGCCAGUCAGUUUAGGCGCCUUCAUAGCAGGCAGGUUCAACACACCUUCCGUUUCUACUCGCAACAGUGGCGUACAUGGGCUGCUUGCUUCAUCCAAGCGGCAUGGCGUCGCUAUUCCAAGAGGAAAAUCAUGGAGCUUCGCCGGAAGGAAGAGGAAGAAGCAGAAACAGAAGCACUGGCAGGUGCCCGCCACAAUGUUAGUAUUGGUGCCACCUUUUUAGCUACUAGGUUUGCUGCAAAUGCACUUCGCGGUGUUCAUCGAAAUAGGAAUGCAAAGAUUGCUCAGAGCGCUCGAGAUUUGGUCAAAUUACAAAAGCCUCCAGAGCCCGAUUUUAGUGCUGAAGAUGCAGAUUGAUGUAUGAUGUAUUUAUGACUCAUUGAAGAUGCUGAUUACUGUGUAUUUCAUAGGUGGUCACUGUAAACAUAUACAAAUUCUAGCUUGGAAUGACAAAUUGUAAGUUAUCACUAGUGUGUUAAUUAUUUAUUCAGGUUUAACCUAUAAUGUGUUAUAAAGGAAAGCUGAUAAUGGUGUUUGGGUGAUGGAUUAAAUAGU